UGGCCGCGGGCGCCGCUACUAGCUGUGGGGCGGGCGCGGCGGCGGCGGCGGCGGACGAGAUGCGAGCGCGGCCGCUCUGGGCCGCCGUGCUGGUGCUGGGGGCGCUGGCGGGCGUCGGUGUCGGAGUGUCCAACAUCUGUACCACACGAGGCAUCCACUCCUGCCAGGAGUGUCUGGCUGUGAGUCCUGCGUGUGCCUGGUGCUCAGAUGAGGCUGUCCCUCUGGGCUCGCCCCGCUGUAACCUGAAAGAGAAUCUGCUGAAGGAUAACUGUGCGUUGGAGUCCAUCGAGUUCCCCGUCAGUGAGGCCCGCAUCUUAGAGGCCAGGCCCCUCAGCGACAAGGGCUCUGGAGACAGCUCCCAGAUUACUCAAGUCAGCCCCCAGAGGAUUGCGCUCCGGCUCCGGCCAGAUGAUUCGAAGAUUUUCUCCAUCCGAGUCCGGCAGGUGGAGGAUUACCCUGUGGACAUCUACUACUUGAUGGACCUGUCUUACUCCAUGAAGGAUGAUCUGUGGAGCAUCCAGAACCUGGGCACCAAGCUGGCCUCCCAGAUGCGCAAGCUCACCAGUAACUUGCGGAUUGGCUUUGGGGCUUUUGUGGACAAGCCUGUGUCACCAUACAUGUACAUUUCCCCUCCAGAGGCCCUCAAAAACCCCUGCUAUGAUAUGAAGAACACCUGCUUGCCUAUGUUUGGCUACAAACAUGUGCUGACACUAACUGACCAGGUGACCCGCUUCAAUGAGGAAGUGAAGAAGCAGAGUGUGUCGCGGAACCGAGAUGCCCCAGAGGGUGGCUUUGAUGCCAUCAUGCAGGCUACAGUCUGUGAUGAGAAGAUUGGCUGGAGGAAUGAUGCCUCCCACUUGCUGGUGUUUACCACUGAUGCCAAGACCCAUAUUGCGCUGGAUGGAAGGCUGGCAGGCAUUGUCCAGCCCAAUGAUGGGCAGUGCCACGUUGGCAGUGACAACCAUUACUCUGCCUCCACUACCAUGGAUUAUCCCUCUCUGGGGCUGAUGACCGAGAAGCUAUCCCAGAAAAACAUCAAUUUGAUCUUUGCUGUAACGGAAAAUGUAGUCAGUCUCUACCAGAACUAUAGCGAGCUCAUCCCAGGGACGACAGUGGGGGUUCUGUCUGCCAAUUCCAGCAACGUCCUUCAGCUCAUUGUUGAUGCUUAUGGGAAAAUCCGCUCUAAAGUAGAGCUGGAAGUGCGGGACCUCCCCGAGGAGCUGUCUCUAUCCUUCAACGCCACCUGUCUCAACAACGAGGUCAUCCCUGGCCUCAAGUCUUGUGUCGGGCUCAAGAUUGGAGACACGGUGAGCUUCAGCAUUGAGGCCAAGGUGCGAGGCUGCCCGCAGGAGAGGGAGAAGUCCUUCACCAUCAAGCCUGUAGGCUUCAAAGACAGCCUCACCGUUCAGGUCACCUUCGACUGUGACUGUGCCUGCCAGGCCCAUGCUGAGCCUUACAGCCGCCGCUGCAACAAUGGCAACGGGACCUUUGAGUGUGGGGUGUGCCGCUGCGGGCCCGGGUGGCUGGGGUCCCAGUGCGAGUGCUCUGAAGAGGACUACCGCCCCUCGCAGCAGGAAGAGUGCAGCCCCCGGGAGGGCCAGCCCGCCUGCAGCCAGCGGGGCGAGUGCCUGUGUGGCCAGUGCGUCUGCCACAGCAGUGACUUUGGCAAGAUCACGGGCAAGUACUGCGAGUGUGAUGACUUCUCCUGCGUCCGCUAUAAGGGGGAGAUGUGCUCAGGUCACGGGCAGUGCAGCUGUGGGGACUGUCUGUGUGACUCCGACUGGACCGGCUUCUACUGCAACUGCACCACGCGCACCGACACCUGCAUGUCCAGCAACGGGCUGCUGUGCAGCGGCCGGGGCAAGUGUGAGUGCGGCAGCUGCAUGUGCAUCCAGCCCGGCUCCUACGGGGACACCUGUGAGAAGUGCCCCACCUGCCCUGACACCUGCACCUUUAAGAAGGAGUGUGUGGAGUGUAAGAAAUUUGACCAGGGAGACCUACAUAAAGAAAAUACCUGCAGCCGUUACUGUCGUGAUGAGAUUGAGUCUGUGAAGGAGCUCAAGGAUACUGGCAAGGAUGCAGUGAACUGCACGUACAAGAAUGAAGAUGACUGUGUUGUCAGAUUCCAGUACUAUGAAGACGCCAGUGGAAAGUCCAUUCUCUAUGUGGUAGAGGAGCCAGAGUGUCCCAAGGGUCCUGACAUCCUGGUGGUCCUACUCUCAGUGAUGGGGGCCAUUUUGCUCAUCGGCCUUGCUACUCUGCUCAUCUGGAAGCUCCUCAUCACCAUCCAUGACCGGAAGGAGUUUGCUAAAUUUGAGGAAGAGCGAGCCAGAGCAAAAUGGGACACAGCCAACAACCCACUGUAUAAAGAGGCCACAUCCACCUUCACCAACAUCACCUACCGGGGCACUUAAUGACAAGCAGUCAUCCUCAGUUCACUGUCAGGCUGUCCCAGAAUUGUGGACACAUCUGCUGUCAUGUUUACAGGGAAUGAAAUCUGU